AUGGCAGCAUGGCUAGAUAUUGUCAGAGAAGGAGAGGAUUGGACUUUAGUUGAUACGGACCGGCUAGGAGAGCUUGUGAAGGGGAUGCCGUUUCCUGAACGCCAAUAUCCGGAUUUAAUUUACUUCGCUGGUCAUAAAAGCCGAAUCAGAGCCCUAAGAUCUUUCCUUCCACAAAAUAAUGUCACCCGCAAGGGUGCUAAUGGGUUGGUCCGCCUACAUAUUGACCAUAAGGCUAUCAAUACGGAUAGUCCUCUCAUGAUUGCUGAGAGCAGUCUAUGCGUACAGCAGAGUACUGGCGAUACCAAAUGGCUCAGACACGCGACUACCAAGCAUCGAAAAUACGCAAUCUCGACGGCGAGAGGCUUGUCUUCCGCUGAAUCAAUACAGGAAGAAACAAAAAGACAGCUCGUCCUACCAUGGACUCGGGUCUUGUGCUUGUUUGUCGAAUCCGAAUCCGAUCUCAAAGCCACGCAAAGUUUGCUCCAGCAACCACAUAGGCAGCUGAAAGUCGGGAGCCAAGCUAUUCGAUCUUCACCCGAGGUGAUCAUUAUAAUCAAUAAGAACAUUCACGGGUCAGCGAUCGCCUCACCAAGAUAUGAAAAACUGCGUCAGAUAGUCGAGGGAGGGAGGAUCACAUUCCUAGAUCUGAGUUCAAGAUCCAGUCUUUCUGAUAGGAUCACUUUUGAGCCGUUGUGGGCCCUUAUAUCUGAGAAGCUGCAGUCAAUCCAGGCCGAAGAUGAGAUAGUCUGUGGUCGGUUUUCUGCUUUUCAUCUGAGCUCAUUCUGGGGCGCAAGUGUUCCAGCCAAUGGCCAGCUCUGGAAAGCAUCGCCAUUAGAUCUGCUAGCUCAAGCUCGGAUAGGGUUCCCCAAAACCGAGAAGAAAGAUGAAUUCCUGCACGAGCUUUUGCACAGCGCGAUGUCCUCUGUCAACCAUAGUGCUGUUCCAGAAGGAUUGGUUGAAGCUGUCGCUUCGGCUUUUCUGAUGAAUGCUUAUCCACCGGGCAUGCACGGAUUCCCUCCCUCAGUAGUUUUUACCGUCCUAUACGAGGCUCAUUGUACAGGUAUCUGGAACUUUUAUCCUUUUGGGAGUCUCACCGAACGCAUUCGAUCGCGCUUUGUUGAAAGGUUCGCGGAAUUGAGCGUCAACAGAACUUCCUCAUCUAUCCGCAAAGAUGCACUUGGCCAAUUUCAUCGUCAGGGAGGGAACCUUUAUUCCACUACCACCUGCUUUGUUUGCUUGCUUCGGCCCCCAGAGCAUAUGUUACCAUGUACACACGCAUUGUGUGACACCUGUGUGGCGAUAUUUGGGAAUUUUGAACCCUCCAGGGCGUAUCAAGUAGAAAUUGCCCAAUGUCCGAUUUGUGAGCGCAAGUGCAACAUGACCAUCCGUCAGCUUCCUCCGACAAAGCGCCCCGUUAUUCUCAGCCUAGACGGAGGAGGUAUCCGCGGCCUCAUCCAGCUGGGGCUUCUCUGUGCAUUGGAAAAACGCAUUGGUAUACCCAUUGCAUUGCUGCCGGACUUGUGCGCCGGAACGAGUGUAGGUGCAUUGGCGGCAAUUGACAUCUUCAUCAACGGUAGUUUGGCCACCGGCUGUUUCCUCAAAUUCCCCGAUCUGGCACGAAAGAUUUUCCGUCGUGAAUACAGGCAUCCGAUUCUUCGCUAUGCCCAUUGGCUGGCCUCUGCAUUCAAUCUGACCUCCCACGGGCUCUACGAUUCGAGAAGGUUAUCGGAAACUUUACAAGAAGCCAUCAAUCCCGGUCGUCGAGUCUUUGAUGUUCCCACCAUGAGCCCGUCAGGCUGUCGAGUGGCUGUUGUAGCAAGUCGUACCUCCGAUGGAAAGGCAUGCGUGAUGGCAAACUAUCGAGGAGUUGGUCGGAGUGCAGCUCCUGCUGCUUAUCACUUUGUGAUUCCCCACGACAAUCAAGAGGACCUGGAUUUGAUAGAAAUAACAAUCUCCAGCGUUGCAGCACCCUUUUAUUUCUCGACGAAAGUGUUACCUGGUCUAGGGCCGCUACAAGAUGGCGGAGUGCGUGCAAACAAUCCGUUGUCAAUUGCUCUGCGCGAGUCAAGUAUGGUUUGGCCUGCGGCAGAAAGACAUGAUCUCCUUCUUUCAGUCGGAACCGGGUGGUCGUCUUCUGUCCAAGAUCCCUCCUCAGGCUGUUGUAGUAGACUACGGGAGGGUGCUCUCCCGCGUCUUCUCCGGGCCUUGAUGUUCUCCCCCUCGAUGGACGGCAAACAAGGAUAUUUCGAAGCACUCAAUUAUCUUCCUCAUCAUUCAAAGCCGGAUGUUUUUCGACUUGAUCAUGAGACCCAUGGUCCAAUACCCGAGUUAGAUGAUAUCAAUUCAUUGGAAAAGAUGCUAAAGAUGAAAUUCGCCGUCCCAGAUCCGCUCAUUCGGGCAGUACUCGCGACGGCAAUGUUUUUCUUUGAGCUGGAUGAAACCCCCGUGAGAAGCCACGACAGCUUUCAAUGCCGAGGCUCGAUCCUUUGUGCGAGACCCGGUGCUGUUUCGAUCCUCCAGCGAGUCUCGAGCAUCUACAGCAGACCUCUUGAUGCGGCAAAACAUGAGACUUCAGCAAACCCACUUCCUAAAAUUCCCUCGGUUGGCUUAUCGGCCCCUGAAAUCAACCUUCUAGAUCACCAAAUUGCCUUGGCAAGAGGAUCUACGAUGGCCUUGGAAAUGACACGGUCGCGUCUACAGCUUUGCAAGGGACAGAUCAACAUACCACGUGACGAUUUGAGGAGACAAAAGCUACGACAAAAGGCUCAGCAGCAACGCGAAAACGAAUUCUAUCAAGAUUGUUUUCAAAUAUUUCGCCAGCUUAUCAUCACAAUCAUGGAAUCCACACAGGAUUUGGUAUUGCAGUAUCAUUUCCAUCCCGGGAAAGGGCCGGUGAAAGAUCCACGCUUGAUCCGAACAAUCAUACUCUUAAGUGUAGCACUGGACAAAUCACGAGCCGAAGAAGCUGAGGCCGAGAAACAAUUGAAACAACAAUGGGGCGUUCCCUCCACGCUUUCAUCAGCCUCUGGGUGGCUAUGA